AAUUCAAAAAGCAUGCUAGUAUAUUAAUGUUGUAUGCCAGAAAACUAACGGCUAAACUAAAUGGUCAGCUGCAUUCACUCUUGAUUUACUCAGAGUAUAAAAAAAUCCCUGCUUUGCUUGUUCAACCAUGAUACAUCGUUGUACCGAGCACAACAUUUGCUUAGCGAGUCGAUUGCUCAAAAGAAACCUGACAGUUGCAUCUAGGGAUGAGGAACUGAGUACGGAAUCUCGACCUAUGAGAGUAUUAAAUGCGGGCGAAGGGACUUGUGCUGCUUUUUAAAGGUUGAAGAAUUAUAUUAUAUUAGAUGUCGAAAUAGCAUAUUUUUGUGUACUCGGUCAAUAUUGCUUAGCUGGUUACAGUGAUCGUAAACAAAGGUCGAAUUUUUUGUCAGAAGAGAUUGGCAUUUCUAUCUUGCUUUUCUAAAUCAACAAAUUUUUCAUUUAUCUCUGCUUUGUUUUGAAAUUAUGAUUAACCACAACUGAUAAAGUGAGUUCUUAAAUCUUGUAUUUUUCAAUCUAAAUGUGCUUCUUGUUUGUCUAAAGACAAUAUACAGAUACUUUGACCACUCUGACUCUGUUGGCAGUUUUUUUCUUUCAAGAUCAUAUUUAUAUUAUUUUUAAAGCAACUUAGAAAGAUAAUUCUCAAUAUUAGGCUCGAGUCUACACUGUAGUAUACAUUUUUGACUUGUCUAGCUGUCAAAUUCAACUACAAGUAUGUGCACUUAAAAAUAUAUUUAUCUCUCUAUAUUUUCUUGGAUCAAACCGAAACGGCGGAAUUUUUUGCGCCAAAGUCUAAUGAGUACUCAUACAGGAAAAAUUUAUUUACAAUAAAAACUAACGAUGUACUUUACUUCCCUAUAAAUGGCAAGUGUAUAGGUAUUGAUCCAUAUUUAUCUAUAUUUCUCUAGACCACUUGCUAGUUUUAUGAGCAUCUUUUCUAGAUGCUGAAAAUAUGCCAAUUACAAAAUCGCCUAUAAAAGCCAACAAUUCGGCAAUGCUUUCAGAAAAUAAGGCAUAUUUGUUACUGGAACAAAACUGAAACAAAAUUCGCGCAACUGCUAUGUGUUUGUUUUGUUGUUGGCAUGAAAGUACGCCAUAAGCCGAUCAUUAUAUAUAGGUAUUAUAUACGUACACACAUAUUUCGAAUAAAAAUAGAAUAAACUGUUGCGCGUAAACAAAAACAACAAAUAACGCCUCGCUGUAAGUAUAAACAGUGGCUAGAACAAAAUGCACACAUAAACACAUAUAUAUGCAGACGUUUGUAUAUACAGACAUAAAAAUGCACGUAGCAUGCGAUGAGGCAAGAGCAAAGCGCUGAAAGAUAUAAAGGCAACAGUAGCCGCUUACUCUUGAGAAGCUGGCAACUGGGAGCUGUUUGGGCAGGGAGCUUCAGCCAGUGAGUGUAUCUCACUUUAUAUUAGAACGUUGCUGUCUAUGAGCUUACAAAUUUAUAUGUGUGUGUCUGUGCGCACUGGCGUUGCCAUAUGUGUGGCGAGAUGAGCACAAUGCUGUUGGCCAGAUGCGGUGAUGACGAUCGCUUCUAUGAGCAGCUUGCAUUCGCGUAUGCGAGUGUGUGUGAGGACACACGUUUAUUUGUGUGGAUAUGUAUGUAUUUACUGAGCGUGCAAAAAAAUAAUUCUAAGGUACAAAUUGUGUGUAGAAUGAGCGAAGCCGAAAAGUGAGUGUAUUUUUGUUGAAUACUUUUUUUCUGAUUUUGUUUUUUUUUUCCGAUUUUUUUUUUUUUGAGAAACAUGAAGUCAUGCGAACGGUUUUGUGUUAAUGGCAUUUUAUUUUGAGUUAAUUUUCUUUUUGCCUUUUUUUAUUUUUUAUUAUUGAUUGUUUUGGUGUGUGAGCUUUGUGCCGGACUAGCGGUAGUACUGGCAGACAGCUUCGUAGUUUCGCUGAAUAUCAGGCAGACGUACGAGAGCGGCGAAAGCGUGAACAUUUGAAAUGUAGUGCGAAAAAGUUUCGAAAAGCAAAAGCAAUUGAACGGCAACGACAAAUUUAGCUAAUAAACAAUUUGAUACGAACAAAUAACGAAUUUAAUUUCUGCCUCAAAAAAAAAAAAAACAACAAAUAAGAGUUUAUAAAACGCGAACGAAAAGUCUAAUUACGAGUACUACCCUUUUUAAAAGGAUAUUAUAUAAAGAAAAAAAAAAAUUAAUUGAAAACACAAAAAAAAAAACACGAAUUUAAUAUAACAAAAAAACAAAAAAAUUAAAUAAAUAAAUAAAGAAAAUAGAACAAAAAAUAAAAUAAGAUAUAUUAAAAAAUAAAAUGCAAGAAGUAGAAAUAAAUAAAAAGCAGUGAAAUAUAUUUCUUUUAAAGAAAAUUAAAAUUUUAUAAGCAACAGCAUUGAAAAAAUUAUUAUAUAUUAUAAAGUUAUGAAAAAAAAAUAUUUUUUUAAUUAAACGACUAAGUUUCGCUAUUUAAAAAAGAUUUAAAUUACUAAAAAUCUUACUAAAUCAAGCAUAAUUAACACAACGACGAAUUAUAGGCAAUAAAUCGAGGAACAGAUUGAGAUUUUUUAAAAUAGCACGGAUAAAUAAAAUAUUUUUUAUAUAAAAAAAUUGGAAAAAAAAUUUAUUAACGAGUAAAAUUCGAAAUAUAAGCAAAUGUGAACACAAAAUUAUAAAAACAACCACAAGUAGUACAAGCAGAAUAUUUAAACAAAACAACAACAUUAGCAGGCCGUACAAAAAUUAUAGCAACGUGAAAAGCUUAAAACAAGCAAAGCCGCCGCAAAUACACAGCAAGGAAAGCUAAUUGCAACAACAAUAACUGCAAAUAAGAAACGCACACACACACAUAAACAAACGCGAUUAUUUUAUUAGCCCACAACAACAACCUACUAGAGCAACACCCUCUUGGCCACUGCAACAGCACGCCAACCGCACUGUAGCACACAAAUCAAAGACAACGCAAAAACGGAAAAAUAAAAACAAAAAUAAAUAAAUAUGGAACGUCAUCGCACAUUGGACUCAUCGAUGUCAUCGCUUUAUUCCGGCUCGAAUGUCUCGAAUACACCCUCCGCACAUCGGCAACAGCAUGACAACUACAAUUAUCCGACCCUCUCGUCGUCCACCUCGCCGUCACCCAGCGCUGGCGGCACUGCCGGUAUUAGUGGUGUUGGCUUACUGACUGGCGCUUCGAGCACCAAUGCUAUAGCCACUGCCGGCGGUAGUAAUUCGACAAAUGCCACAGCUCGACAUGCUUCGGAAUUGAGUUUGUGCAGUGGUGAAGGCGGUGGUGGUGGAGGUGGCUUACGGGCUACCACAAUUGGUACGGUGGUGGUGCGUUGUGGACCGAUACAGUUGGUGGUUGCGCUUUUACAAAGUCCGGACAAAUUAUAUAUUAAGGUUGUUGAAUUAGAGCCAAAGAUCACAACAUUAGGCACGAAUCUCGAUGAGUCCAUACGCUUGCAGGGGGAUCACGAUGAGACUCUUAGGAAUAUACAGAAUCUACCUGGCCCGAUGGACGAAUUCGUACAGAAGGCAGACAAAUUACUCGCCAGCAAGCGUAUCAGUUCCGAACUAGUCAACGCCAUGGCCGAUACGCUCAACAUCAUUUGGCAGGAUAUUUUGCAUUUACUGCACGAUCGUCAACACAUACUCCACCUCGGCACACAAUUGCAAGAGAAGAUGGCACAGUGUCAGCGUCGCAUGGACCAACUGGAGGUGGCUUGCAUUGACACAAUGCUACCGAUCGAAGUGACGGCCGUGCAAGAGUUCCUCAACAAAUUCAAACAGUUGCGCAUCGACAUGCUCACAGCAGUAAUGGCGGCGCUAAAAGAUGGCAACGAGCUGCUCGCACAGCUGAAAGAACUUGUAAAUUUGGAAACAUUGGACACACGACCCGAGCAUAUCAAACGUGAUGCCGCACGUGCUCUUCACCAGGUCCAGUUGUGGUUGGAGGCAUUGCACGAUCGCCGAAAUGCUUUGGAGACUGCAUGGCAAACGCGUAAAGUACAAUUGGAACAUUGUCUCACAUUGGCGCUGCUUGGACGCGAGUUAGACGAAGUGGAGGCGGCCUUACGGCAGCAACGCAGCGAAGUCGACAGUCUAUUCAGUUUGGGCGAGUGCGAACACUCGGCAAAUAAUGCACUGCAUAACUAUCGUGAAUGGAAACAGCAAGCUUUGCUGUUGCGUGAUCGUGCGUUGAAGAUCACACGCGCGAAAGAAAAAUUACAGGCUUCCGGUACCUUUACUGGCGAUGAGGCUUGUGCGCGCGCCUACAACGUGCUGAGCGCAUGCACGGAACACUUAGAUCUGGUGGAUCAACGUGAACACUGGUUACAGCAGUCACGUGACUUCUUUGCCAAGGCCGAAAACACGUUGAGCGUGCUUGAGAAACUUGAAGUAGAGUUGGCGAAUGUGCGUCUGCCGCCCAACACCCCCGAGAGUUUUGCCAUGUAUGCGAAAGUGACGCGUGACGUGCGCAGUUUUACGGAGGAGCCACUACGACUCGGCUAUAGCAUAUUAGACGAGGUCGGUCGCACCCAACCCGAAACACAGGGUGUGAAGCGUGUGCUCGACGAAAUUGAGAAUCGUAAGACAUACAUCGAAAGCAUUUGUUCGACCAGCAAUGAAGAUCAUCAGCGUGUACAGAAGGCGCUUGCGGACUUUUUGGCGCAAUACAAUGAUUUGCUCAACUGGCUGAUGUCUUCGGGACAACUGUAUUUGCAACAGCAUGUCGAUAUGGGCAGCACAUUGGAACAGAGUAAACAGUUUCUACUGCAACAUCACGAACUCAUGCAGGAUCUGGAGAUCAAAGGCGAACUCAUAAAUUUGCUGCUUGAGUCCAUAAAAGCGCAUCUGGAGUCGUUGAGUCCACAGCAACGUUACGAUGUGGAUUCUAAGGCUGAGGCGCUGCACAAGCAUUGGAUUGAGCUCAAGGAUUUGGUGCUGAAACGCGUCGAUUGUGUUUCCUUGCUUAUUGAAUUCUUCGAGAAAGCUAAUGAGUUGGCGAGUCAGUUGGAUAAUCUGGAUAAACAGUUAAAACAAACGGCCGACGAGCAGAAACUACAAUUUUUGCAAGAGAACUGGAAGCACAUACGCGCCGAUUAUGCAGAUUUGAAGAGUUUGGGAACACGUUUUAUCAAUUUGAAAAUCGUAGAUCCAUAUCUCGAAACGAAAUCCUCAGUGACGGCAGUCGAAGAUAUCCUCAACGGUUUCAGUAAGCGUCAAGUCGAUGUAACAACCAGUCUAGACAAUUGGACAACGCAAAUAGCGGAGAAGCGUGAAGUCGAAAUCAUACUGGAGAAAAUCAUGAGUGACAAUGAGGAGACGGCCACAAAGACAACCCAAGUAGAUACACAGCUGUAUCCAGUUUUCACUUCAUCCUCCCUGGAUGCGCGUCAAUUGCACACGAUCACUAGCGACAAGCUCACACAUGUGCUGCAGGACAUCGACAAGGCGCAGGAUGAGCUCCAGCAUCGCAUACAUACCACGCUCGGCAUACAAACGAAAAAUCCCGAAUCAUUGCAAAAAAUCGAACAGGUCAUUAGUAAUUUACGUGCAUUGAAAUCCAAAUUGGAGGGUAUACGCUACGACUACAAAACACUGCUGGAGAAUAUACUCAAAUUCUUGGUCGAGAUCACCGAACUGCAACGCAACAUCGAUGACUUUUUCGCCAAACAACAGCAACAGCAAAGUCAGUUGGGCAGCAGCGGUGAGGUGGCCGAUAUUGAGCGCACCAUUGUUGAGCAUGAGAAAUUCCGCGAUAAUUGUAUGGAUAAAUUUAGAUCGUUAAUCACACAAUCCGAAUUGCUGAUCGAUCGCGUGCGUGCACUGGAACCGCCGGGCGCACGCGAAAUCGACACCGAUCGCAUACUGAAAUUGCUGGAGAAUUUGCGUCUUCAUUUCGAGGCCGGCAAUAGUGAGAGAAUGUCGCGUCUGGAGCGACUCGGCAAGCUGGAACAAUUCAAAACGGAUCUGUGCGAUAUUAAUCGCAGUCUGGAUAGUGUUAGCAAGCAAUUGCAUGAGAUCAAUGGACAAAGUGUUGACAGCUUGGCGGCGGCGAAGACAACAUCGUUGGCGUUCGAGUAUUUUGAGCGCACCAUUGAGAACUCAAUGCCAACAUUUUUGGUGCCCGUUAAGCAUCAGCUACGUUGGGGUCAUAAUAGCAAACCGUUAAAGCUGCUUGAGAAGCGCAUUGAUAAGUUUACCGAGACAACAUCGGAACAGCUGUUGAUUACGAAUCCCGAAAGUCAAACAUAUGUGCGCGAGGAACUACAGAAACUCAACGAAAAAUGGCGGCACUUCAAAGAUCAAGUGAAGAACAAGCGGAAAUCGCUCGAUCAGGCAACAGAGUUCUUCGAAAAGGUGGAGAAAAUCGACGCCGAAUACCGUGAAAUCAGCUACUUCUACAACAGCGUUUCGAAUAAGAUCACAUAUUUACGUGACCCUGUCGAGGCAUCGAAUCUAGUCAAUGAUAUUGAAAAGUACGUAGUGACACGCGAAGGUCCGUUGCUGGAUAAACUCGAACAAGCUGCACAAUGUGCACACGAUUUAAAUAAAGUUUCGACGCUUUACAAUGAUGUACGUGGCAUAUUCCAAGCAUUUAUGAAACUACGAUCUGAUAUCAGUGUGGUCCAGGAACGUCUAAAGAAUGAGGAACGUUUGCGUGAACAACGAGAAAAAGAAGCGCGCGAGCAGGAAGAGCGUGAACGAGUUGCACGUGAAGCUGAGGCUAAAGAGCGAGCUGCACGUGAAUCGGAAGAACGUGAACGCGUAGCACGUGAAUUAGCCGCACGGGAGCAAGCGCUGCGUGAAGAGGAAGCGCGUUUGCAGGCCAUACGUGAGCAGACGGCGCGUGAACAAGCCGCACGGGAGCAAGCGGCACGGGAAGAAGAAGCGCGUCUACAAGCGCUGCGCGAACAAGCACAACGCGAUGAGGAAGCGCGUCUGCAGGCGCUACGGGAACAGGCCAGACGCGAGGAAGAGGCAAGGUUAGAAGCAUUACGUCAGGAAGAGGCGCGCUUACAAACGCUACGUGAGCAAACAAAGCGCGAAGAGGAAGCACGACUGCAAGCAUUACGCGAACAGGCUGCACGCGAAGAGGAAGCGCGCUUGCAGGCGCUACGUGAGCAGGCUAGACGCGAAGAGGAAGUACGAUUGGAGACAAUACGUAAGGAAGAGACGCGUUUACAAGCGCUGCGCGAGCAGACAAAGCGCGAAGAAGAAGCGCGCCUGCAAGCGUUACGCGAACUCGCUUCGCGCGAGGAAGAAGCACGUGUACAGUUCUUACGCGAACAAGCGAAACGCGAAGAAGAAAACCGUUUGUUGGCGCUACGUGAACAAGCCACACGAGAAGAGGAAGCACGCUUGCAAGCGCUACGCGAGCAAACAAAGCGCGACGAGUAUGCGCGCUUGCAAAGCGUACGCGAUCAAAUCGAUCAUCAGCGCAUCGUAACAGAAAAUAUACGUAAAGACAUACAAGUUAAUGAAAUUUUCACGGAAAUCAAAUAUGUAUCGCCACGCUUCAAUCGUCAACUGAAGGAUGCAAUCACACGUGAGGGCGACAAAUUCACCUUUGAAUGUGAGGUGAUCGGUAACCCUGAACCAGCGGUAGAGUGGUUCAAAGACGGCAUAUCCAUACAAAAUAAUCCCGAUUACAAAACCACUUAUGAACGUGGCACUUGUCGUUUAGUGAUCGAAGAGACUUUCACUGCCGAUUCGGCGCGUUUCAGUUGUCGCGCCUCGAACUUGGUGGGUAGCAAUGAGACUAGCGGCAACUUGUCGGUACGUGAAAAUGCUAUCGAAAUGCAAAUGGUACCACCCAGAAUUAUACGCUUCCUGGAGAGUGGUAAGGCAACAGAGGGCAGUACUUUUCAAUUUUUAUGUGUCGUCAGUGGAAAUCCUCUACCCACGGUGCAAUGGUAUAAAAACGAUAAAUGUAUUGAUGAUUCACCUGAUUAUGUAAUCAAUUACAAUAAUGGUGAGGCCACCCUGCGCUUCGAAGAGGUUUUCCUGGAAGAUGACGCUGUUUACACUUGUAGUGCCUCAAAUCCAGCCGGCAUUGAACACUGUUCGGCAAGCUUAAUUGUGGAACCUCUAGAACCAACAGAAGUACCACACUUCAAAAUCCCGCUUUCCAAUGCCAUGGCUCGAGUUGGUCAAAAAAUAAAGCUUGAAGCUCUUAUCGGUGGCAUACCACGGCCGGAUAUUUUCUGGAUGCACAAUGGCAAACCCUAUGUACCGCGAGAUAGCAAAUACGAGUACGGCCGCGCAACGCUCAUAAUCCCCCAAGCUUAUCCCAACGACGCCGGAGUGUAUGUGUUGACAGCGAAAAAUCUAGCAGGCGAAGCAUAUAGUUCGUGUAACGUUGUCGUUAAAGGACGCCUGCCGAACGAGACAUCCGACUCAGAGUUGGCCUCCGAUAUGGAACCGAUUAAGCCCUCGGUGCAAUUGCCACUGAAAGAUGUGUCGAUAUUCGAGGGUAAACCAGUGCGUUUGGAUUGUGUUAUUGUCGGUCAACCGGAACCCGAAGUCAUUUGGUAUCACAAUGAGCGACCAGUCAAAGAAUCAGCCGAUGUGCAGUUGCUUUUCCAAGGUGACCGCUGCUCGUUGAUCAUACAAGAAGUGUAUCAAGAGGAUGCGGGUAAUUACAAAGUGGUGGCCAUCAAUUCAGCUGGUGAGGCGUCAAGCAGUUGCGAACUGAAAGUGACGCCACUAAAUAUUGCCGAGCCUGCGACACGCGCACAGAGCGAACGUCAGUCGGUGCCGAAGGAGACACUGCCGAAAUUCGAUAAGUUCCUAACCGAUGUGCUGGCGGACGAAGGCGAAACGGUCGAGAUGGAGGUGAGCGUAAGUGGUGAUCAACCACUUACCGCGAAAUGGUAUCUAGCCAAUAAGGAGUUGUGUGAAAGUGAGCGGCUUUCAAUGAAUGAUAAUACGGCGAUCGGCGCCUUUAAAUUGAUAUUGAAAAAUGUCGUGUCCGACGAUCGUGGCGUGUAUACGGUGAAAGUUUCGAAUAAUACGGGUGAUGCGAAGUGCUUCUCGCAAUUGAACGUGAAGAGCGUGAAUGCGCCCGAAAAUCAACGCAGUCAACAAGUGGAACCUGUUGAAAAGUUUACUUGUCCAGAAUUCAAAGAACUCUUCUCGGACAAACAAGCUUACGCCGACGAUAUGGUGAAGUUCGAGUGUAUUGUGAAGGGCAAGCCGACACCCAAAGUGCAUUGGUGCUUUAACGAACAGCCUGUACAUGGGCACAACUUCCUCGUAUCGACCAGUGGUGAAAGACAAGUUUUGACCAUACAAAAGGCCAGCAUUGAUACUGUGGGUAAAAUAAGUUGCAUUGCCGAGAAUGAGAUUGGUAAAGCCACUUGUGCGGCUUAUUUGAAUUUACUUGGACCAGGCAUGCAGUUGCAGUUACCCGCCACUAGUGAUCUGCAGACAUCCACGCAAGAACACAAUACCGAAUCGUCGCGUGUCACCAUUAAGAAGCAGACCUUCACCACCACCUCCACGUCACAAAUUAGCUCAUUCGAAGGUAAUAUGCCGCAAACCGAGAUCCAUCAUUCCUCGGCGCAUAUCGAUCAGUCGCUAAAACAGCUGGGCGCACAACAGCCCGAAGUCAUUGAGACACAUCACUACCAGGAGCUGCACAAAAGCAAAGACAUGUCAACGCCAAAUGUACAACAAAAAUCAUUUACAUUGGUACAAUCGGCUGGCAAUGGACCGAGUCAGCAGCCAGCUAUAACCGGCACAGCUGGUGUGGCGGUGCCUGAAUCACCGACGCGCCUACGCAAGCAAAUAGCGCCACGUUUUACCACACCGCUGACGGGUAAGAUUGUCGAUCAGGGCACAGAUGUGGCAAUGGAGGCGAUCUACGAUGGUUUUCCCUCACCCGAAAUCAAGGUGGAAAAGAAUGGCGAACAACUGUUCGAAAAUCAACGUUUGAAGAUUGAAAAUCGAUGCAAUCGCAUCAGCAUCGAGCUGAAGCAGGUGGGAGUGGCAGAUGCGGGACGCUAUGCAGUCACCGCCACAAAUACAAUGGGACAAUCAACGAGCACUGCCGAUCUAGUUGUGAAGAAAACCAUUUUCCCACCUGUCUUUGGGCGACGUCUGCAGGCGCAAGUCGUAAAACGGGGUGAAAAGAUCAUAAUGGAAGUAGAAGUAACCGGUUUGCCGGAACCAACGGUAACCUGGAUGAAAGACGAUAAACCAAUACAAGAAGCAGGAGUGUCACAGCAUCGUCUCUUAUCACAAGGCAACUCCUACAAGCUGAUUAUCGAGAAAGGACAAUCUAGUGACUCGGGCAAAUAUAUGGUGAAAGCCACUAAUGCCGGCGGCGAGGCCAAAAGCAUUGCCGAUUGUGCGAUAUUGGAACCAUCGCCAGAACGUCUACAGGAGGUUGUUAAGACUAUUGUCUACGAAACGCCAGUUGAUCUGAAAACCGAAACCUUCGCUAAAGAGCCACCGUCCUUUGAAACGACACAGACCGAUAUUUCCACCGCAUCCGAUCUGCAUGGCUUAUCUGAGUCGAAAAUAGUAACUGAGCAUCGUUGCACCACCGAGGCAACAAUGCGUCUAGAACACAAACAAGCGUACUUAGAUCUGCCCACAUUGAGCGAACGCCCGAAAACGCCAACCGCUGCGACUAACAUUAGCACCAGCACUGAACUGCCCGAUUGGCAGCACGUGAAAUCGGUCUCGACCAACACCGAUAGCACACGCUCUAAAACCGGCUCCACACAAACACCGCCGCAAGUACCGCCCAAACCCUAUACAACAUCUAACAAUAUUGCCCCAACCCCAACAACCCAGCAAUCACAAUUCCAAUCCACGCUUAGCACAGAACUCGACGGCAGCUACAAAGGUGUAGGUGAAACGCCAUUGCUAACAUCAGCCACCACGACGACAUCAACAUCGAAGUACGAGAGCACGACGAGUGAGAAGAAAUCCUCAUCUUUCGAUUUCUUUAAGAAAAUCGAGAGUCAAGGUGGCACGCAACCAGCGCCACCUGGUGAAAGAUAUCAGAAACAAGAGGUUAAUGCGGUCAACAAACGCAUGACGCCACUAACGAUCUCAAGACCGAGCGGUGCAACCGCACAAUCGGCAACGCUUGAGGACGAUCUCAAAAAUUUAAAUCUCAUACCAGGUUCACCACCUGAAAUAUGCUUUAUACCGAAGUUCGACGCCACAAAUGGCAAGCCACAAAUGAUUAAUGAUCGUAUUAAAAUAUUAGAGGCAUCUCAACAAUCACCGAAAGAGCCACCGACUGGCGGUGUACGUACAUUACCGUUGCUGCCCGUCUCACAGACAUUUAAGCAUGAGUCCACCAUGUCGAAGGAGGUCAAAGUUGAGUAUGGGCAACCGAUCAUACGGCCAGCGGCUACAUUGCCAGCACCACAGCAAUUCACACGUUCACCUUCGCCUAAACCCUCCGCGGAGGGCGUAGCCAUGUCAAAGUUGUGGAUACCUAGUAAUUUGAGCGGUUACGAGAGUGGUACUAGUGAGUUGGAACAAAGGUAUAAAACAGAAACAGAGACCGAUACGAAAAUGGAGCAACGCGAGAUUAGGGUACAGAAAGUGCCAACACCAGCGCCCGAUUUGAGCGCACCAUAUCUCGUGAAAGAGAUCAGUAAAGCGAUUAAUGUACCCACAACACCGCAGCGUGAGAAAACACCGUUAGAUGAUAUACAUUUAGUGCCCGGUUCACCACCAGAGAUUUGUUUUGCGCCCAAACCGGAAGUUCGUCGUCAAUCCUUGGUUGAGCACAUGGAGAAAACGUUAGAGCAAAAUCUGCAACAAGGCCCCUCAAAGGUAUUGCCAAUGUCAGUGCCUACACUCACACCAACAACGACGCCACAAAUCGCCAAAACAACAACCACCUAUAAGCCACCACCGCCAGUAAUACCAACUAAACUGACGGUCGGUCAACCGUAUGAGAGUGAUUACGAAAGCGAUCGUUGGAAGUAUAGUGGCAGUGAAUCGGAUGAAGCCUCAUUUCGACCGGUUGGCAAGAGUGUACCAGACGGUUUGGUUGGUACACCAACUGUACCCACAACUCAUCACACAUUCAAGACAAGCGGUUAUGCAGCCGAUACCGAAGAUAUUUCUAGUUUCCGUAAAAUGGAAUCGACCCAUCAGGAGAGUCGUUCAUUUUACGAAUCAACUUCCAGUUCGAAAUCAUCACAACAGCUGCCGCAAGCGCCUAUGAUAUCAGUGUUUAAAACUCCACCGCAGCAACCACAAUACACACCACAAUGUACACCAGCCCCGGCACCGGCGCCAUCGCAGAGCUUCUACCAGCAGCCUCAAUUGGAGAAGCAACCGCCAGCUCCCCUUUAUUAUAGCAGCAAGGAAGAGGGUGGUCACGAGAAACAGGAGUACUCGGACAAGAAUGAGUACAGGCGUGAGGAGAAGGACUACAAGAGCGUAUCGAGCAUGAGCAGCAGCUACUACAACGCCUCCAAUAUUAGCAAUAUAAGCAACAUUAGCGCACCCAAAUAUCAGUCAGUGCCUUUGAAGCUACCAACACCAACAGUCACACCCGUACCGGCACAGCGUAAAACGCCAGCCGAAUUCAGCGAUUACAGCAGUGAAGUCGAGGAACGUUUCCGAUCCGUCUCGCGCACACAAGAAUCCGACAAUGAGAUCAAGGGCUACCGUGUCGUCUUUCCACCUACGCCAACACCAAAGUCUCACCUGACCAAUGGACAUAAAUCGCCAGCAGUUGUGGUGACACCUUCGCCAAUGGAUUUCGAGCCAACACCGCCAGCGGUGAACACUUAUCCGCGACAAAAGUUCGAACCAAUCAAGAAGGAAGUACGGCAUGAAAUCAAGACCGAGUCCAAGGAGCAGAAACAAUACUUCCAGCAACAAAAAACUCAACAACAACAACAGGUGUACAAGCCAAAGCCAGUCGCCGCAAAAUUUAUUGCUGCCACACAACAGCAACAACAGCAGCAGCCACAGCCGAGAUAUGAGCCACGCGCACAACCGGCGCUUUACUAUAACGCCAUUGCCGGCACACCAUUGCAUAUGGCGAAAAUGGCGACCGAAACAAAAAAUGUUAUGCAUAUGAAAGAAUCAUCUGAAACUUGCCAGCGCGUGGUGAAUAUGCAGCAGACCAAGCGCGUCAUACACUUCGACAGCCAGAAGGAGCAACAGGAACGUCAAGUGAGUACACCACUCGAGCCCUUCCCCUAUAGCCCAUCGCCCAGUCGCUACACGCCAACACAGCAGACGCGUGUACCACCGCCACCCACACCGACUAAGUUCGUGCCAGGCGAAUUCCGUGAGAGCGAUUAUGAAAGCGAAGUAGAGAAUGCUAAAAUAGGUCCUCUAUGGAUGCCACACGGUGAAAAUGGUCCGCUACGUUUUAGGCAUGUCGAACCGCCACAAACGGGACGUGCUUGCAGCGUGCCACGCGCUUACGAACGUGUACUCUCACCAAUGGAAUUCGAUCGUGGUCCCGAAAUGCCCACGAAAAUAAAAGUGGACCCUAACGAAUUGCGUUCUCAACGCGGUAGUAGUCUCAGCGCUACCGGUACUACGACCAGCCAGCGUACUCAAUCGCUAAAUCGUCACUCGUCCAUGAAGAGCAGCACUAGCUCUAGCUAUCAGCAACGUUAUCAAACCUUGCAGCCUGAUGCUACGGUUGUCGAGAAACGCUUUCCACGUGACGAUAUGAACUUGAAAGUCGGUUCUCCACCUAAAUACGGUUACGUACAGUCACACAUCGAUCAACAGGGCAAACAGAUGAAUUCGACCUUUUUGCAAAAGUCACAUCAGUUCAUCAGUGACAUCACCAGUGAUCUGCAACAGAAGAGUAGUAAGACCACGAAAAUAUAUAAUGGCAGUGCUGAACCGAAAGUCAUUACGCACUCCUUCCGACCGGGUUUCAAGCGUGCACCAAGCGAGGGUGACAACAAACCACAAGCCUAUCGCGACGAAUCACGCGUCUCGCAAUACGGUACAAAAUGUGUCGAUCCCAACACCGGUCUAAUUUAUUUUAAAUAUGAUUUUGGCUAUGAAUUCGGUAUACUCUUCCCGGGCGAGGGUCAUAAAUUCGUAAGCAACCAAUGGAAUAGCUCGUCGUCAACACUGCCGCCGCGUCACGCCUCUGCUACACCCACGCAACAAUUGUUACAAGGUGGUCGUAAAUCACCAUACCCCUUAAGUGGUGGCGAUGGUGAGCUCGUCAUACCGGUGCAACAUGAACGCACCACUGCAGCCACACCGACGCGCUCAUUCACCCCGACGCAACUCAGUGUACCGUAUGCGCGACCAGCAUCAUCUCUGAGUGGUUAUUACUCUGACACCGGCACUGCAAGUCGUCGUAGCCCAGCGCCGCCGGGUGUGCGCGGUGUCGGCGGUGGUGUAAGUGGUGUGCACAGACUCAAGAAACGUUAUAGCCUACCUAACACACAAGUUAUCGAUAUAAAUAUCGAUCGUCUACAUGAUAAUGAGCCAUUGAAUCGUCUAGCAUAUUUAAAUACAGCAACAGAACUGCCAUCGGAUGUACCCGUUAACGCACACCUCAAUCGCGAUGAUUACCCGAAGCGCGCGCCACAAUUCAUAACGCCACUGAAAGAAUAUGCCGUUAUGUUGGGUCAAAUCGCACGCUUCGAGUGCAUCGUGCAAUCGCAUCCACCAGCGAAUGUGACAUGGAGUCGUAACGGCGUCGCCUUACAGAACAACGCCAAGUAUGCUAUUGAGUACCGUAACGGUGUCUGUCGUUUGACCAUACCACAGGCAUAUCCAGAUGAUGCCGGUGUCUACGCCUGCACCGCCACGAAUCCUUUGGGCACAGCCACCACUUCCGGACAGCUACUCGUGCAAGCCAAGCGUUUAUGAAUUGAUUACAAGGCGGUAAAUUGAGAAAAAAAUUCGACCAAGAGCACAGCGGAAAAUGUGUGGGAGUUAUCUUUAAAUAUAAUUAAUACGGAAUAUACUAAAGUUUUGCGGACUUUUCGUUAUACUUUAAGCAGUUAGUGAAAAAAAUGUGUUAAUGUAUUAAUUGUGCCUCAAAUUCAUGCUCAACGCAGGCGCAUGCGCACCGACACAGCCAUAAAAGUUGGUGAACAUGUAUAUGUGUAUGUUUAAUUUCUCUUCCUUGCACAUGGAAAAUUUCGAAUUUAUUUGCAGUGAAAAAAUACUCAAUCUAUAUACUUAUACAAACAUAUACGAGCAGAGAAGCUAUUGUAUUACGCAGCUAUUAAGCCGAUUUGAAAUUGAUAUAAAUUUAUAUUUAUGUGCCGAAUUUGUCAUUAUUUAUGCUUAUAUAACAAUAGUAUUACAUGUGUUUUUAUGAUUAUUAUUACUAUUAUUUGAAUAAAUUAUUCGUGAAACUUUGUUUUGAGAAAAGUACGUACAUUUUUAAGGCUCUAUAUAAUACCGCCCAUCAGUUUAAACAGAGAAAAAUAUAUUAUAUAUUUGCAAUUUAUUCGA